AUGGCGGCGCCCGUGUGGCGGCGCCUGUCUCGGGGCCGGUGGUGGUCCGCCGCCCCGGGCCGGCGUGCGGCGCACUCGGGCAGGCAGGGAUUCCUGGCGGCGCAGAAGAGCCGGGGCCUCUUCAAGGAGUUCUUCCCGGAGCGGGGCACGCGGGUGGAGCUCAGCGAGCUCUUCGCGGCGGGCGGCCCUCCGCAGACCGUGUACUGCGGCUUCGACCCCACGGCGGACUCGCUGCACGUGGGGCACCUGGUGACUGGAGAAGACGUGUUUGGAAUCACGGUCCCUCUGAUUACCAGCACAACCGGUGCAAAGCUAGGAAAAUCAGCUGGCAAUGCCCUGUGGCUGAACAGAGACAGAACCUCUCCUUUUGAAUUGUAUCAAUUCUUUGUCAGACAGCAAGAUGAUUGUGUAGAAAGGUACCUGAAGCUCUUCACUUUUCUGCCCCUUCCAGAGAUCGAUCACAUUAUGCAGCUGCACACCACAGAACCAGAAAAGCGAGGUGCUCAGAAACGACUUGCUGCAGAAGUGACAAAGCUGGUUCAUGGACAGGAAGGGCUGGAUUCUGCCAAGAGGUGUACGCAUGCCCUGUAUAAUAGCAGCAUCGAUGCACUGGAGGUCAUGUCGGAUGAAGAGUUAAAAGAGUUGUUUAAAGAAGCUUCCUUUUCAGAGUUAGUUCUUGACCCUGGAACAAGUGUCCUGGACACGUGUCGCAAAGCAAAAGCCAUUCCAGAUGGUCCCCGGGGGUAUCGGAUGAUAACAGAAGGCGGAGUCAGUAUCAAUCACAGACCGGUAACAAAUCCUGAGUGUGUUUUAGUUGUUGGACAACAUAUUCUUAAGAAUGGACUUUCUUUACUUAAAAUAGGGAAAAGAAAUUUCUACAUUAUAAAGUGGCUUCAGUUAUAAAAAUUCUGUUUUUGGCUGUUCAGACAUGCUCAUCCUGAGACUUGAAUUCAGGGCCUGGGAGCUGUCCCUAAACUUUUUGUUGAAGAGUUAUGCCUUACCACUUGGACUACAGGUCUGUUUACUAUGUGAUUAAUUGGAGAUGAGUCUCAUGGACUUUCCUUCC